AUGCAUUUCCAUGAUGCCACAGGAAUCACAACAGAGAUCGCUGAGGUCUCAACAGCAGGUGCAGCUGUGACCCCAGGCGGACUGACCACCGAAUGGCAGCCUGACAUCACGACUUCUCCUAGCGGUCUGAUCACCACAGGACAACCUGAGGCCACCACACCACCUGGCGGUCUGACCACCGAAGGAAAACCUGAGGCCACGAUGUCACCAGGCGGUUUGACCACCGAAGGGCAACCUGAGGCCUCGAUGCCACCAGGCGGUUUGACCACCGAAGGGCAACCUGAGGCCACGAUGCCACCUGGCGGUCUGACCACCGAAGGGCAGCCUGACAUCACGAUGCCACCUGGCGGUUUGACCACCGAAGGGCAACCUGAGGCCACGAUGCCACCUGGCGGUCUGACCACCGAAGGGCAACCUGAGGCCACGAUGCCACCAGGCGGUUUGACCACCGAAGGGCAACCUGAGGCCACGAUGCCACCAGGCGGUUUGACCACCGAAGGGCAACCUGAGGCCUCGAUGCCACCAGGCGGUUUGACCACCGAAGGGAUACCUGAGGCCACGAUGCCACCUGGCGGUCUGACCACCGAAGGGCAGCCUGACAUCACGAUGCCACCUGGCGGUUUGACCACCGAAGGGCAACCUGAGGCCACGAUGCCACCUGGCGGUCUGACCACCGAAGGGCAACCUGAGGCCACGAUGCCACCUGGCGGUCUGACCACCGAAGGGCAACCUGAGGCCACGAUGCCACCUGGCGGUCUGACCACCGAAGGGCAGCCUGAAAUCACGAUGCCUACUAGCGGUCUGAUCACCACAGGGCAACCUGGGGCAACGAUACCACCUGGAGGUCUGACCACCGAAGGGCAACCACAGGCCACGAUGCCACCUGGCGGUCUGACCACCGAAGGGCAACCUGACGCCACGAUGUCACCUAGCGAACUGACCACCGAAGGGCAACCUGAGGCCACAAUGCCACCUGGCGGUCUGACCACAGAAGGGCAACCUGAGGCCACGAUGCCACCAGGUGACCUGACUACUGAGGGAGAGCCUGGCCCGACGAUACCACCUGGCAGUCUGACCACCAUACACAGCACGAAAUUUGGUAUUUAA